UUGGUGACCUUAGUACCUUAGUUACCCAAUUUCCAUGGAUCGUCGGGGCCGGAAGCCUCUCCGGCGAGCAUGGUGCUGUUCAUUCAGAAUCCCUCCGUCAAGCCCCGACAACCCUUCAAUCCAUCAUCACUCCAAAUCCCGUCACAAAUCCGAAACUCUCUCAAAGCAUUCUGUCUCAGUCCCUAACUCCCCUCAGAGCGCCAAAUCCGGGUUCCCCAUUGUGGGCCGGAUCGACCCGCGCCGGAUCUUGUCUCCGGGAAGAGUCUCGCCCAUCGACUCCGAUCCCACCGCAGACAUUGACAUUCCAUCCGCGCCGCAAUUGCGAUCUAACAGCUUCCGCGCUCCCACCCCGAAUCUCCGGCCACCGCCGCCGGAGAGUUCCGCCGUGAAGGAAGCGUUUGAUGUGAGGCUGAAUUUGCGAGGGAAGAAUGGAGGGUACAUGAUUGUGGAGGUGGACUCGGAGGUUCUGAGUGCGAACUCGGCGGUGUUUGCGGGUUUGAUAGCGAAUUACAAGAAGGAAGAGGGUGGACCCACAAUGGAGGUGGAGAACUUGGGCGUGUUCAAAGACACCAUUGAGCUUAUGUUUGAGGAUGAAGAUCAUGUUACCAACAAGCUCAAGAAAAUUGGCGUUUAUCGAUCCAUUGACAUUUUGGAGGUUUCGGCAGGUAUCAUGUUCACUAAGGGUGUUACGUCCUGUUUGAAAUACAUUGAGGCUGUUCCUUGGACUGAGGAGGAAGAAGAGAAAUUAAGGAGCCUAUUCACAAGAUUUAAGUUUGAUGAUGCAGCAACAAGAGACAUCCUAGGAAGACUGUACUUUCAUGAUUCAGUAGAUUCCCAGCCAAAUGUAGCCCGACAACUUGUUUGGUCUAUCAGCACUUGUGAGGAUACCAAUGCAAGAAAUGAACUAAAGUCACUAGUCAAGGGUCUUCUUUGCAAAAGCUCUGUCUACGAGAAGAACCAUCUUGAUCCCAGCAAGGAGGAUCUAUAUUCUGUUUGCCACUCAUGUCUGGGUUCACUUAUCAGCCUCUUUCAGGAGGCAUCUGAAACUACCCCUCCUGUAAGGUUGAUGAGGAAAGACAUGAGUAAGCCUCUGAUUGAGCGCAUCUCAAGACAGGUUGAUAACAUCAACUGGUUGCUGGAAAUUAUGCUUGAUGGGCAAGUGGCAGAGGACUUUGUGCAUAUAUGGGCAGAUCAGCAACAACUUCUUAAAAUGCGUGAAAAUGCAUCCCCAAUGAUCAGAUAUGAACUUAGUCGAGUGUCAGCAAUUCUAUUUGUUGCCAUUGGUACAAGAAAACUACAAUGUGGGUUGAAAGCUAGGUCGGGGCUUCUCCAGGCAUGGUUUGGACCAAUGCUGUUUGACUUUGGUUGGCUUCAGAGAUGCAGAAAAGGGCUUGAUAUAAGGUCAUUGGAAGAGGCUAUGGGCCAGACACUUCUUACUCUACCUCUAAAGCAACAGAACGUGCUGUUUAUGGAAUGGUUUCGGCAUUUCUCAAGGCAUGGCACUGAAUGCCCAAAUCUAAGCAAGGCAUUCCAAAUUUGGUGGCGCCGAUCAUUUUUAAGAGGCUCUGAAACUUAUGCCAUUGAAUCAAGAUAAAUGGUACCACUGUUAGUCAUUUUCUACUGUGUAGAGUAGGAAUUAGGUGAGAGAUUCUGAAUUAUCUAUACUGAAUAACUUAGAUAAGUAGGAUCGUUAUCUUAGCAGCUUCAUGACUAAAUGGUAUCAAAUUUUCUAGGAGAUUUUUUUCCUCUUUCAUUUUUUGCUUACCUUGUGAUUUGACUGCUCGAAGCUCCUAUUGAAUCUGCUAAGAAUGCGGACCAA